CAUCGUUAUCUUUGGAAGCCUCUUCCAGCAAAUUGCUUGCCUACUCGUCCUACAUAUACUAGUGCAUUUUUCCACAACGCAAACGCACUAUGGAGAAGAACUAUGAAGCAGGCUUCUGCAGCAAGGAGCACUCAACGACGACAUUGCACCUGCUCAGCAGCAACAACCAACGCCUCAAAAAGACCCUCAAGGCGAUGCUCAUUAUGCUUGUGGUUUUAAGCAUUGGCGUUGUUGCUUUCGUAUACCACACCAUUCAACUCAGCAAAGAGCGCGAUCUGCUCCAACAUCUGGAGCAAAAAAUGCACGACUACGAGCAGCACAGCAACCCUGUUACCAAACGCGCUCUACUCUGGUACAUCGGUGCCGCAGCCUGGACUGUCAACCAGAUCUAUUCAUUCUGGUCUCUCGCCACAGCAUGCAAAGAGUUCCACAGCGGCACGUCCAACCAAAUUCAAUGCGUAUACGGCGCGGUCGCCACAGCCGUGACCUUCAUCGCAGCGGCGAAAAACGGCGCCUCCACCGUCAAAAUUAUCCACGAUCGACUGGCUCAGAAUGGUAUCCAAAUCGGCAAUUGGAAGCGUGACGAGAUUGUCACAGACGUGGAAGGCCAGAUGAGCGAUCUAUUUGGUCGCCCCGUCACGCUCGACGGCUUCAUGCCGCACCAUCACCCGAAGCUCGCGCGCCUCAAUCUGGCCAACGGCACGCACUGGCCCGUCUUCCACAUGCACAACCACCACAACACCAGUAUGCACUUUACAAUGACAGCAUAUGAGCAGGACCACGCCGUCAUGUCUCUUGGCUUCGGCCACAAGAGAGGCGAGGGCUCCGCUGCUAAGCGCGAAGUCUACAGUGACGAGUACUUUACUUCCGGCGGCCUCGACUUCACUGAUUGCUACAAUGAUGGCCAGCAGCACUACUUGCUGAACAAGGAUGCGGACUUCCAGCAGAUGGACAAGGAAGUCGAGUGUUAUAUGCCUGACCUGAAGAAUGCUUGGGGUAUGCAGUUCCAAGUCUAUGACCAAAACGCGAAAGGGACAAUUGCUUCUGGUUCUGUCGCUCCUUUUAGGGGCAGUGACCAUGCUAGCAGCAUCGGUGAUAUGCCUGGCUGUCCGAAUACUAUCCCAUCUUCGGACAAGUGUAGGAUUUCUUGAGAACGGCCAAACAGGUUAAUGUAAUGGAUAUGUAGUAGCCAUAAAUUUAUAUGUGGAGAUGAUCUAGAACAGUAUGAAGUUG